AUAUGCCUUCAUUCUCUGAGCACGACCUUGUCUACGAAGACGGCGGCAAGACGCUGCAUUACCUCACCGCCGGCCCCGAGGAUGGCGAGCUGAUGGUCUUUAUGCACGGCUGGCCCGGCAUUGGCAAGACCUGGCACAAUCAGCUCACCGAUUUCUCAAAAAGAGGCUUCAAGGUUGUUGCUCCCGACAUGCCAGGAUAUGGCGGAUCUACAGCUCGCAAAGUCGCCUCCGACUAUGCUCAGGAACAAGUCAUCAAAGCCAUGUUGACUCUUCUGAAGCAUCUCGGACGCAAUCAAGCUAUCUGGGUUGCGCACGACUGGGGAUGUGGUACCCUCUGGACUCUCGCAAGAACUCAUCCUGAAGUCUUCAAGGCCGCUUGUGGCAUGACUGUACCCUACGGCGUCCUUGAACUUGGUCUGGACGAAGCCCUCAAAUAUGUCAAUCGCGAUAUCUACCCUGAAGAUCAAUAUCCGUGGGGGCAGUGGUCCUAUCAGGCCUACUACGAGCAAGAAUUCGAGAAAGCUACAGCCUGGUUCGACAAAGACCCUCGUGGCUUCUUGAAAGCUGGCUUUACCAAAGGCAAUCCUAAGGGCGUUGGCAAGCCUGGUCCAUUGUCACGAACAGUCGAGGAUGGAGGUUGGAUGGGAGGCGCCGAAAAGCCUAUACCUGCUAGUAUGAUUCCUGAUGAAUACGUUACUAUCGACAAGGAGACACUCGACGAGCUUGUGGCCGCGAUGGAAAAGACUGGCUUCUGGCCUGGCAAUGCUUGGUAUAUGAACCACAAGGCGAACCGGGCUUUUAAUCUGGAAAACCAGAAGAACAAUGCGCACUUGAAGUUCCCGGUUCUCUUCAUCGAAGCUGGAUAUGACACGGUCUGUGACACAGUCAGCUCAACACUCGCGGAGCCGCAGAAGGAGCUCUGCGAGGAUUUGACAUUUGUUUCUAUCGCGGCAGGUCAUUUUGUCCCUGUGGAGAAACCUCAGGAAGUCAACAGUGCAAUCGCUGAAUGGCUAGAAAGCAAGGUCUCUGGCAAGAAGUCACUGCUGUAGUCCGGCAAAGUAAGGACUUCCGCCAUCGUUCAUAAGAUAGCUAGUCAUCGCACACCCAUCUGCGUGAUCAAUGAUGAACUACAUAUUCGGUUAACGCACUCAUACCAACGAUUCCAUCAUGAACCGAAGUGGAUACUGGAG